AUGAAAAAGAUGGGUGCGGCAAAAAUUACAAAAGGAGUGAUCACGUCGCGAUUGGAGUUGCUGGAACGAAACUGGACAUCCUUUUCGGAGAAUCAUAAUGAAAUACUGGACGCUUACUCGAAAACUGGAUCGGAAAACCCUUACUUUAAACAGGAUUACAUGGGAACAUGCGAAGAGGCCUACAUGCAACAAAAGGUAAUACUGCUGGAUCUGCUCGACGACGUUCCUGCUGGUAAGGCCGUUCCAACUCAAUUAAACGCAACUCCCCGUUCCUUACCAAAAAUAGACCUUCCGAAAUUUGCUGGGGACUACAGCUGUUGGGCUAAUUUCCGUGACCUAUUUCAAUCGCUCGUAAUAGAAAACCAUUCGCUCUCUAAUGUCGAAAAACUCCAUUAUCUAAAGACAUGCUUAACGGAUGAGCCCGAGCUCUUGAUUCAAAAUAUACCGGUUACGGACAACAAUUUCAAAAGGGCGUGGGCCGUGCUAACUGAACGUUAUCAAAAUCUAAGAGUUCUCAUUAAUUCUCACUUAACCAAUUUAAUGUCUCACUCCUCUAUGAAGAAGGAAUCGGCUCGAGAACUCAAAAACUUGAUGAACCGGACAACCGAUGCCGUUCAAGCUAUGGAAGCUCUGAAGAGGCCAGUUCAAUACUGGGACGACUGGCUCGUUUUUAUUACAACCGAAAAACUGGAUCAAAAAACACGCAUGGCCUGGGAGACCUCUUUCGAAUCGACUGCAGAUCCGCCAACCUUUGACCAACUACGUACCUUCAUGACCUCCCGGUCACGAGCGCUGGAAGCGGUGGAGGGACCUACUGGACCGUCGACCACACCUACUGGACCAAGCAACACUCUGAAACAAGAAAAGAAGCAACCUAUUAAUUCUAAUUUACGGUUUAAGGCACACGCAACGCACACCGCUGGAGAAGGGAAUCGUCGCUGCGCUAUCUGUAACAAGGAGCAUUUUCUACUCUUCUGUCCGACCUACAAGGGCAUGAAUCCGCGGGAGAGAAAGCAGAUUGUAACCGACAAGAGACUAUGCUAUAAUUGCUUAGCUCCACAUUCUUCCGCGAAUUGUAAGUCUACCAAACGCUGUCAACUGUGCGUAGGUAAGCACCAUACUUCUCUUCAUCAUGCUUGUGAACAACCUACUACUGCUCGCAAUUCUUUUCCUCCACAGGUACCAGAAUCUAAUACUAAUGCUUCCGAGAAUCUACCAUUGGAACGGGUUUCCGAUGUAACUGAGAGAUCAACUCACUGUGCUAUGACUUCCUGUUCGGCUAUUUCUUCGGUUUCUGUCGUGCUCGCAACAGCUGAACUUAUGGUGGAGUCAGACCGAGGAGAUAAAAUAAUCGUUCGCGCCUUGAUUGAUCCUUGCUCUGAGGUAUCUCUUAUUGAGGAAAGCAUGGCUGAGUUCUUGAACUUACGCAGAGUACCUGAGAAAAUUCCUGUUAUCGGUGUCGGCAAGACACAAACUUACACUAAAGGUAGGGUCUCUGUGAGAAUAAUGUCUCGUUUGAAUAAAUCUAUCUCGUAUAAUCUCAACGCUUACGUAUUACCGCGGUUGUCUUCGUAUCAAACCGCUAAAUCUUCUUGUUCCGCCUCGCUAGCUUACUUGGAAGGAUUGAUACUGGCCGAUCCUAACUUUUUGUCUUCAAGACGAAUUAACUUAAUUCUGGGAGCGGACAUCUACGCUCAAAUAAUAACUGCGGGCCUGAAACACGGUCCACCUAACAAUCCUGUCGCGCAAGCAACCACGUUAGGGUGGAUAUUAACUGGGCCAUUAAGGCAGUCUGAGAAUUCGGACACACAAACUAAUUCGGCUAUAACAUUACAGUGCUUGAUGAGAGAGUCGGAACUAGUAGAGACUUUAACUCGUUUCUGGAAGCUCGAAGAAGUUCCCUCGACUUCCAAUCAACUGACUGAGGAAGAGACUAUCUGUGAGGAUCACUUUUCUAAAACACAUAAACGAGAUAAAUCUGGCAGGUAUGUCGUUCGCUUACCCUUUAAAUCUUCUCCUGAGAAACUAGGCGAGAGUAGGGGAGCUGCCUGUACUCUUCUAGCUAAACUUGAAAGACGUUUUCGACUGAACGUCGAUCUGCAAACCGCGUGUCGAGAAUUUCUAAAAGAAUACGGCGAUCUAGGGCAUAUGGAGCGCAUCCCUGAACCUAUUCAAACUCCGGGUUCGACGUAUUAUUUACCACAUCAUGGUAUUAUGCGCGAAUCAAGUUCAACUACUAAACUCAGAGUGGUUUUCAAUGCUUCAUGUAAAACUUCUUCUGGCGUUACGCUAAACGAUCUGGUCCACAAAGGUCCUAACCUCCUCCCCGAAAUCUUCUCCUUACUAUUACGCUGGCGCAAGCACACUAUAGUUUUCUCGGCAGAUGUCGAAAAAAUGUAUCGGCAAAUUCGGGUAGCGGGUGAGGAUUGUGGCUUUCAGAGGAUCGUUUGGUGGGACACUCCUGACGAAGCUUUGAAAAUUUAUAAACUUACGACGGUAACUUAUGGGAUGGUUUGUGCUCCAUAUUUAGCCAUUCGAACUUUGCAUCAACUAAGUCGAGACGAGAAAGAAACAUAUCCGCUUGCAGCUCAUUGCAUAACUCGCGACGUUUAUAUGGACGACGUAAUAUCUGGCGCUGAUACUAAGGAGGAAGCCAGCCUUCUUCAGCGACAGUUAAUAUUGUUGAUGAGGGCGGGCGGCUUCAAUUUACGAAAAUGGACGUCAAACGAACCCGAACUCUUAAAGAAUCUUCCUGUAGAAUACUUAGCGUCUUCUUCUAAUCGUUCGUGCAAUUUCGAUGAAGUUUCUUCUCUACUAGGGUUGAAAUGGGACUCCACGCAGGACUGUUUCCUAUUUUCAAUCCGAUCCCGCUCUCAAGAGGGAAUGGUCACUCGAAGGUCCGUGUUAAGAGAAAUCGCUGGUCUGUUCGACCCCUUGGGACUCUUAGCUCCCGUAAUUACUUUCGCAAAAAUAUUUAUCCAAUCCUUAUGGCUUCUUAACAUAGAUUAG